ACAUCAAUUUAAGAAAUUGUCUAAAAGUAGCGGCAUAACCUGCAGCGGACCCGAACCAUAACCAGGAGGGAAACGAACGUAAACUGGCCGUGCUGCUUUCACGGACACAGGGAAGUUUUCCUCCUCAACCGGAACUGUUUGGAAUAUACGUGUUUACUUCCGGGGUAAAGGGGUGAAUUUCGAAUCACCUCGUAGUCUGUCCAGAAAAUCAUUGGUGAUAAAGAAUUAAGCGCCAUUACUCGGAUAAUCUACACUUUUUAACCGAUAGCAAUAGUUCCGGUUUGAAUUACCUGAUGUAUCUGAAGUCAACACCUCGCCACUGGGGCAUACGGAGUUUCUCAUCGUGAGACUUGCUUCUUCUCACGCACAACACUCGAUUUAAACACUCGGUGGCUUUAAUGUCAGCCUGAUACGUCAGUAACGUGUGCUGGGGAGCUAGGGCUCAGCGAUAGCUCAGCUCUAGCUCUGCUAAAACAAUGUUGACAUGUGAGCAGCAGAAAGACCUGGCGACAACAAUUUCUCACUUUUUGUCAGAAAACAGAAGAUUUACUGACUCUUUUAUAAUAGACUUCUUCACAGAGGAUUUGUGGGGGAAGCUUCCAGAGAGCUGGAGAUCGGUUCUGGAUGACCUGACGUAUCCUCAGGUUGCAGACCUUUUAUUGGACCGUUCCCUCACUCAGAGAAGGUAUCCCAGCGUGUGGCCGCUGAGCCUUCUUGCCCAUCGGAGCGCAGCACAUGCGCUGGCCUUCCCAAGGGGUUCUGGUUCCAAGACUUGCGGUCGUCAUGCCCCUGAGGAGUUCCUGCAGAACCAGAGCCAGAGUUCUCUGCUGGAACACAUCUUUAGGAAACAUGUCAAACCUAAGAAGCAGCACGAGAUCUGCAGACUGGGCGCGCUGGUGAAGCGACUGAGUGAGGAGACCGAGGUCAGCAGAGUCGUGGACGUUGGUUCUGGACAGGGGCACCUGACCCGCCUGCUCUCCUUUGGCCUCAGACUCUCGGUCACGGCCAUCGAGGCUGACCCGGCGCUGGUCGCCACAGCAACCAGGUUUGAUGAGGAGCUACGCCGGACUUUAGAAAAGCGAGAGACCUGGGACACAGCAGCUCCUCCGUCUCUUCCUCGUCACGUGGCAGGCUUGGUGAAGCCCGGUGCAUCAUGGGGGGACCUGAUCCAGCAGCUAGACUUCCAGGACACUCAUGAACAUGGUAACAAGAGACUGAGAGGCUCUGAUGGUUACCCACCGGUGAGUCCAGACUUUCUCCUGACUGGCCUUCAUGCCUGUGGGGACCUGAGCACCACCCUGCUGCGACACUUUGUCCACUGUCCUCACGUCCGUGGGAUCACGUCUGUGGCCUGCUGCUACAUGAAGGUCACCACAGCGGAUGACCCAGCUCCUCCUGGAUCCGUGGGAGCCCCUCAGACAUCACAGCAGGACUGUCCUCCACAAUUUGGGUACCCAAUGAGCUCUUUGGUCCGGUCUCUACCGGGUCACCAGCUGUCGUACAGGUCCCGAGAGGCGGCGUGCCACGCUCUGGAGGAUUACCUCUGCAAGCUCCGCCAGCAGAGCGCUGUGCUGCGGGCACAUGCUUAUCGUGCCACUCUGGAGGCCUUCAUCAGAGAAGUGAGACCUGAUCUGAGCCGUGCCGGGAUCCAGACCGGAAGGAAGUCCCACCUGCUGCCGUUUGCAGACUACGCCCGUCUGGGUCUGGCCCGGGUAGGCCUGAGCCCGGACCUACCAGUGGACUCUCAGAGAGUGGAGUCCAUGCUGCGGCAUCAGAACCGAGUGGUGGUGUUCUACAGUCUCUGUCUGCUGCUGAGUCCUGUGGUGGAGACCCUGGUGCUGCUGGAUCGGAUGCUGUUCCUACAGGAGCACGGCUUCCAGUCUCAGCUGGUUCCGCUCUUUGAUCCGGGCUUUUCUCCCAGGAACUUGGUUCUGGUGGCGUUGAAGACUCCAGCAAGUUAAAACUGCUCCCUGUGGUGCUUUUCCAGAGUUUUCUACACUGUUUUUUAAUGACAAUAAAAC